GGGGCUGGGUGCCGGCAACCCCCGGCACUGAGCGAGUUUGGGGCAUCCAGCUUCCGAGCGCAGUGCACGACCGCACCAUGGGGUCGGGCAAUUUGGAGCUGAUUUUUGACCGCGUGGGGCACUUUGGCAGAUACCAGAUAUUUAUCUAUUUUACAUGUGCCUUCCAGAACAUAUCUUGUGGUAUCCACUACUUGGCUUCUGUGUUUAUGACCAUGUUCCCCAAGCAUACCUGCAGGCCCCCAGGCAACGUGAGUCAGAUUCUUUUCCACAAUACCUCUUUGUGGAGGUUGGACGACAUCUGGACCCUGUUUCCCACUGGCCGUGAGGAUUACGUUGUAGUGCAGCUAGAGGAUGGUGAGGUCUGGGAGCUCACAAGAUGUUACAGGUUCCGGAGGGAUAACAAGUCGAGUUUGAACUAUGAUUAUAAUGGCCAUAAGAGUGGCUUUUCUUGCUUGGAUGGCUUCAUCUAUGACAAGAGCAAAUGGGAAAACACCGUCGUGACUCAAUGGGACUUGGUCUGUAACCGAGAAUGGUUUGCAAAGCUGAUCCAGCCCACGUUUAUGUUUGGAGUACUGCUGGGAGCACUGGUUUUUGGCUACCUUUCUGACAGGGUAGGAAGACGACCGGUCCUGUGGUCCACAAGCAUUGGCAUGCAUGUGUUUGGCAUAGCAGUGGCGUUCACAUCUGAUUACUACAGCUUCUUGCUCACACGCUUUCUUCUUGCUAUUGUUGCAAGUGGCUAUCUUGUGGUGGUGUUUGUCUAUGUGACAGAAUUUAUUGGCAUGAAGGCUCGGACGUGGGCAUCCAUCCAAAUACAUUCGUUUUUUGCAAUUGGAACAAUGGUGGUGGCUUUGACAGGCUAUCUGUUCAGGACUUGGUGGAUCUAUCAGAUAAUCCUCUCCACAGUGACUCUCCCCUUUGUCUUGUGCUGUUGGAUGAUACCGGAGACACCCUUUUGGCUUCUCUCAGAAGGAAGAUACGAAGAAGCACAAAUCGUAGUUGAUAAGAUGGCCAAGUGGAAUAGGACUAGCACCUGUGAGCUGUCAGCACUUUUGUCACUGGAUCUGUAUGGUGCUGUUGGUGAUAAGCCUUCUGAAGUUAAGAAGUACAACCUCUUAGAUCUGUUUUAUGACUGGAAGAUUGGAACAAGGACACUUAUUGUUUGGCUGGUUUGGUUCACGGGGUGUUUGGGAUUCUAUUGCUUCUCUUUGAAUUCUGUUAAUUUAGGAGGCAAUGAAUAUUUAAACCUCUUUCUCAUGGGAGCAGUGGAAAUUCCCGCCUACAUCUUCGUAUGCGUGGGGAUGGACAUUGUGGGGCGAAGAAAUGUUCUGAUGUUCUCCCUUAUCUCAGGUGCACUUUUCUGUGGUGUGAUUAUGGUGAUCCCCAAGGGUUACUAUAUUUGGAGUGUGGUGGCAACUAUGGCUGGAAAAUUUGCCAUAGGGUCAGCAUUUGGCCUCAUUUACCUUUAUACAGCAGAACUGUAUCCAACCAUGAUAAGGCCCAUGAACACGGUCCGGAUUGCUGUUGUGGGGGCAGGCGUGGUGGGGCUCUCCACUGCUCUGUGCAUUUCCAAGCUGGUCCCACAAUGCUCCGUCACCGUCAUUUCAGACAAGUUCACUCCUGACACCACGAGUGAUGUGGCAGCUGGAAUCCUUAUUCCCCACGCUUACCCAGAUACACCCAUUCACAAGCAGAAGCAGUGGUUUAGAGAGACGUUUGACCACCUGUUUGCAAUCGCCAAUUCUGCAGAAGCUGGAGAGACUUGUGUUCACCUGGUGUCUGGUUGGCAGAUAUUUGAGAGCGUUCCUUCUGAGGAAGUGCCAUUCUGGGCUGACGUGGUUCUGGGAUUUCGAAAGAUGACCGAGGCUGAGCUGAAGAAAUUCCCUCAACAUGUGUUUGGUCAAGCUUUUACGACCCUGAAAUGUGAAGGUGCUGCCUACCUCCCAUGGUUGGAGAAAAGAGUGAAAGAAAGUGGGGGCGUGUUACUCACCCGGCGAAUAGAAGACCUGUGGGAGCUUCACUCAUCCUUCGACAUCGUGGUCAACUGUUCAGGCCUUGGAAGCAGGCAACUUGUGGGAGACUCGAAGAUUUUCCCCGUGAGGGGCCAACUGCUCAAAGUCCAGGCUCCCUGGGUGAAGCAUUUUAUCCGAGACGGGAGUGGACUGACAUAUGUUUACCCUGGUGUAUCCAAUGUAACCCUGGGUGGAAGUAGGCAAAAAGGAGACUGGAAUCUGGUCCCAGAUGCAGAAAUUAGCAGAGAUAUUCUUUCCCGAUGCUGUGCUCUAGAGCCUUCCCUCUAUGGAGCUUGCGACAUAAAGGAGAUAGUGGGCUUGAGGCCCGUUAGGGCAGGCAUUCGGCUGCAAAAGGAGAUCCUAGCCCAGGAUGGCCGGAGACUGACUGUGGUCCACCACUACGGCCACGGGAGUGGGGGCUUCUCUAUGCACUGGGGUACUGCUCUGGAGGCCGCCAAGCUGUUGAGUGAGUGUGUCCAAGACCUGGGGACCCCCAUUCCCACGUCAAAGCUUUAAGUGACAUGACAUGACAUCACAGCAAAUGGCCCUGGAGACUAUUUAUCAUUUGAUUUCUUUUCAAAAUUAGAAAUGAUCCAAAAUGUAUCAGUAGAUUUAGGACUAGUACUAAUCUAAUCUAGUCCUAAUCGGAUACUAGGCUUAAGUCUAGUACUAAUGACAUGGGGCACAAAGCUCUAUUGUUGUUAAAAAUAGAGAUCUCGUAAAGAGAAAAGAUUUCUUUUAGAUCUGGUAUCCAAGGAUCUAUGCUAAUUUACAGGAUACUGAAAGCUGUAGGGAUUUUGACAUUUUUGGCUCAUAAAUCCACAGGAGGAGGUAAUGUAUGGAACUCACUGAACUCACUGUCAGUUGCAGAGCUGCCCACGAUGCUCGAAGGUUGUGGUCAAGUGAGCAUUAUAAUACCUCUAAAUAAAAUUACGCAGUGAUCACACAGCACAGGCUUAUUCCAUUUAAUGGAUGAUAAAGCAUGAUUCCUGCUAGAAGAAUUCCUGGUAGAAGACAGGGAUGAAGUUGCCCAUUGGAUGUGGUAUCAACUCCAUAUCUGGAGUCAAUCACCCAAGGGUUGUUCUUUCCAUUACUACAGGUGAUGGAGAGCUGGCUUGUUGUACGGCUGACGUUUCCUAAGCAUUGUUGAAGACUGAAUAGCAUGUGCAGCCAAAAAGCUAAUUUGCUAAUUAAGAUGGAAAAAUCAUUCUAAAUGAAAUAUAACCAGAGUUUUAUGCAAGUUGUUAAAAAGUACUGGGGAGAAGGGGGCUGUGUCUCAUGGUAUAAUGAGUUUGGGAAUUGCUGAGUUAACUAAAUCUAACCUGGUUUCUUGACUUGGGCCUACUCAGAGCUUUGAUCUGUUCAUGUGUCCUGUAAAUUCUCUGGGUUUUAGCUUGAGUGGAUGGUAAAGGAGGUGCUAUUCAUUGAGAUGAGGAAGCUUGGGAGAAAUAGAUGUAAUUUUAAUCUUAAUUUUUGAGGGCGAUGGCUUAUGUUUAGUGUUAAGUUCUAUUUUGGGUAUCCUGGGGGAGAUGUAGGAUUGGCAAUGAGAAUGUGGGAAAGAGAAAGCCCCCAGCACAACUUUAUUUUUACUGUUUCGUUCAUUUUGAGCUUUUGAAUAUGAUUUUGUUUGAAGAGAAAAUUCUGCUGGGAGGGUAGGGGGGCGGAGGGAGGAAGGAAGAGAGAGAGAGGGAACAUUCAAGUGUGGGUUCUUCUCUAUAGAUUUCCACCAGGGGGUGGUAUUGUAUCGAAUUCAGAUAAAUUGGUAAAGUCGAAAAUUUAGAAAUGACUAGAAAUAAAAACUGGAUACCAAGUGUACUGAGUGAGUAUAAGAUUCUUUUGAGGUUUUGGAGUUUAUAUGCCCCAAAUGUAUAUAAACAAAUGCAUAUUGUUUUGAAUUCUGUUUUAAGUACUUGAGAAAUGCACAAAUGUACAAGAUAGACUGAAAACACACACACACACUCAUCACACGAAAUCUAAGAAAUAAUAUGUUAUAAUAACAUAGCAUUUUAAAGAGGGAAGUAAAUUUCUUAAUGGUAAAAAAUAAAACUGAAGAACGCUGCUCAGAAUAGGUAGGGUUUUAGUCGUUUUUAUGGUGGUUUGAAGUGUACUCCUUUGUUGCCCUGGUUUCGAUCCUGCAGCAUUUUCGUAUCAUGUUGGCAGGCUCAUACUCUAUGACCAUUGUCUAUUUGCUACUCUAGUUUACUUUCAUUUUAUAUUUCUAAAGCCCAAUAUUACAAGACAGAUUGGAGGCUUCUUGGAAAAGUGGUCAUGGCUGCAUGCCCUAUUUCACUUUCACUAAUUGCUAAGUAUUUGUUCCCAAGAGUCUCUGAAAGGUUUUGGUCAGUAUCUGCCAACCCGGCUGCACAUUAGAAUUACCUGGGAAAUUUUGAAAAAAUACUGAUGUCCAGCCUGCUGUUUUAAAUUAGAAUCUUUAGGGGUGGGUAGGGCCCUCACAUCAGUAUUUGUUCAAAAUUGCCCACAGGCUUCUAACUGACCGUUGGGGCUGAGAGGGCCUGAGCACUGUCCCCUGUCUCCUCACAGGGCUCCAUUAUGACCUAGCCUUCCCUUCCCUCCUUACCAUCUUGGGGGAUCGUCUUGGGGAUGUACUCACAUAAGCAGGUGUGUCCGUAGGCACUUCUGGUCAAGGUGAGCAAUAGGAAUUAGCUGUCUCCCAAAGGGGCUCUAGAAAUGCUGAGAAUCACCUUGCUGGCUGUAGGUCAGCUGCCUGAAGACAGUGGCCAGACGACGUAUAAAAAUAGAACUCUGACCCACAGGCUGCAGCAACUAGCUUAGGAAACCAACCCAUUUUUAUAAUAACCAGCCCCGGGAGCCAGCUUUCUAUGGGUCUUAUUUGCAGGAAGCCGGGUUGCUAUGUCUAGUAACAAUCCAGAAAGUGAAACAAUCAUUUCUGAAACAAUUGGUCCCAAAUGGCCAGGACUUGAUUAAUAACUGACAGCUCCCCUAAUUUUUGUCCCAUUUCUAACUUAGGACCAACCAGAGAAAGCUAAAUAUGCCCCGCUAUCUAAUUACACAGGAUGUGGACACCCCACUUCUAGUCAGCCUGCCUACAGCUUUCCCAGGUGGAUAGCAUCCUGCAGGUACACCUGAAGCCUUCCCUUUUUUCACUGUCAAGCUCCCCACUCCUCUGCCUGUGUUGGAGUGACAGUGGCUGAAUCCCUUGCUGUAGCAAGCUCUGAAUAAAUAGCCAUUGUGUUUCUUAUUUGGCUGGUCUUUUU